CGCUCAUCAGUGAAGAGGCGGACUCCUGAAUCUCCAUAUGGCCACCUACGCAGAUAGUGAUGGUACUCAGUCUGCUCCUUCCAGAGCGCAUAACCUUCCCAUAAUCUACCAGCCCGAUUCUCACCUGGGGAUUGAGUGGGCAACGUCCACGACAGUCACUCAACCUCUCCUAGUCUUACCCGACCUGGAUCAUUCCGAUGACCAGCUUAUGCGCAAUGCGCAAGCCGACAAAAUGGACGAGUACAUCGCAUCGAUCUACACCCACAUCACGACUAUCAAAAGCCGUCGCAACAUGCUCCUUCCUGUCUCUCAAUUACCUGAUGAAAUCCUGACCGACAUCUUUCUACUCGUCGCCUGCCGCCCUGACACAGCAUAUCCUGGGCAUAUCGACUAUUGGAGCCGCUUGAUGCUGGUGUGCCGGCGAUGGCGCAUUGUCGGUGUCUCUAGCCCAGUCCUUUGGAGCCACAUGUACAUAUACCCGGCCCACUUGUCGCGUCUUCUUCUGCCUCCGCCUCAUCAGAGGCGUCUCUGUGGAACGCACCCUCUGACAGUCACUGUCGAGAUGCUUGAAUCCCUUCUCGAGGACUUUCGCUCUGGCUGGACAUGCCUGGAGAUUCUGGCGAACUACUUCCAUAGCUUGACAAUCCGUGGGUCGGAAGCAUGCUUGGAUACGAUUGUUGGCUUAUUCAGUGCGAGUCAACGGGAGAACUUACGAGUCUUGUCGGUGGAUCGUACGCGAGAAACGCGUGCUUUUGACGAUGUUCCAUUUCUCAUCCCCGCGGAAGCAUCAAAAAACAUUGCAUCAAACCUUCGAGUUCUACACUUAGCGGAUGUUGCACUCGAUUGGAAUGUCCUCCAGAACCUGACGAGCGUCGACAUAUCGUGCUUCCCCGACGAAGAUGCUCCCGAAAAGCCGUCGCCGUUGACCCCUCCAUUGCUCUUGAACAUGCUCCGCCGAUCCCCCACCCUAAAGUCUCUCGCAAUCUCAACGUUCUUCGACGCGGCGGUGCUUGUAGCUCCACAAGAGCCGGUGGACCUUCCACGCCUCAUCUCCCUGCAUUUCAGUGCCCGAGCUCUCACUUGCGCAUUCAUUUUAUCAGCGCUUCAUAUCCCACCAGAGACGCACAUUACUGUCUACUCAAACUACUGGGGAGAAACGGAGGAUAAUUAUCAGCCCCUCUUCGAGGCACUUCGCCGGUGCUUGACCCGUCCCGAGGUGCCUGCGCUGCGGACGCUCAAGCUUCCGGGAGAGUACAGAUGGGCAUGGUAUACCGACCCGCCAUGCGAUGGCCUCGAAUCUUCACCCAACCUUGUGUUCCACGUACUCUUUUCCAACAAUGAGGAAGUGCACCAACGUCUUGUGACACAGGCGUUGCGUGCAAUCCCCUCAGAGAAAAUUGAGUACCUAGAGUCCGGAGAGAGUUACUCGGUGCCCAAACGCGACGUUUGUCGUCUCCUUCUCUCCCUCCUGCCGUCUCUGAAGACACUCGCCUUCUGUUUGCGCCCGUAUGGUCGCGACCAGUGGCUGAUUGUCCUCCGCGAGUGCGCCGCUUCGACAUUCAACAAAAAAUUGACGACCAUUCUAUUACGUGAUGAAGAAGGAGGACGACCUUUCGUGCUACCAAGGCACUAUGUGUCGGAGAUAACCGCGAACCUCAGGGAUCUCCUCGACAUAUACGUGACGCACGGACGAUCGGUGGAUAAAUUCGUUAUUCGUGCAAAUUGGCUCGAGCACGGCAAGGAGGAGGUAGAGAAUUUUGCGGAAUACGCUCGUGCGUUGGGCGUGGAGGUUGACAUAAGUUCUGUUGCCACAUUCGGCGCAAUCCUCUUAGGCGCCCCAAAGGAGGCAGAAGAAGCUACAUAAGAUGUCUUGUCUAGGUUUUGAUAUGCAUGUACCGGUAUACGCUUGUAACGUGCUCUGUCGCGGCUGUAAUCCGACUCAAGAGUGAAUAUAAAGGGCGCACGAGCAGCGCCACGUGCGACGCGU